AUGGAGCAUCGUGGACUGUUACCCGGCUUGACCCAGAGCUGGACACUUCUUGCUCUGGGCGCCACCACCCUCGUGAUCACAUGGCUGCUUUACGUUAGGAACAGCAAGAGGCCUUACGCAGGUAUACCUGUCCUCUCCGCCGAUCGCAACGAGUACCUGCAGAAUGGCCGAGGAUUGCUUGAACGUGGCAAGGAGCUUCCCAGCUGCUUUCAGGUCCAAACAGGGACGAAUUGGAAAAUCGUCGUCCCUAAUCGCUUUGCUCAAGAACUCAAGAACAAUCCGGAUCUCAGCUUCAACGACGCCCAUGCUCGAGAUAGCUUUACCUCGUAUCCAGGUCUCGAGCCCUUCCGAGAGAUCCUGGAGAAUGAUACAUUUAUUCAGGAGGUUGUGAGGAAGAAGCUCACGCAAAGCUUGGGUCUUAUUACUGCUGGCCUGGUCGAAGAGACUCAGCUGACGUACCGAGACUUGUUUGGAGAGAGUAAAGAAUGGAAGAUUCGUGUGAUCAAAACAGAUGUUCAGGACAUCAUUGCUCGACUGUCCUCUCGAGUCUUUCUUGGACUUGACCUUUGCCGCAACCAGGAUUGGUUGAAUGUCACCAAGAACUACACAUACAGCAGCUUCGAGGCCAUUAGUGAGCUGCGUUCACAUCAUGCUCUGGCCAGGCCUAUCAUGCAGUGGUUUUCGAAGAAUUGCACGCAAGCGAGACUUUACUACAAGAAAGCACAGAUUCUCAUCCAGCCAGUUGUCGAUCUCAGGAGGGCACAGGUCAAGGCCGAAGGCGAAGGGUCAUCGAAAAUUUCUGAUGCCAUCGGCUGGAUGGUGGAAUGUGCGAGAGGUCGGAGUAUAGACUACGCUGCCGCACAGCUUUCGUUCAGCCUCGCGGCCAUUCAUUUAAGCUCCGAGACGAUGACUAUGUGUCUGCUGCAGCUAUGUGAUAUGCCAGAACUGGUUGAGCCACUGCGAGAGGAGUGCCGCAAGGUGCUUCGCGAAAAUGGAUGGACAAAGCAAGGACUGCAGGAGAUGAAGUUGCUUGACAGUUUCAUGAAGGAAUGCCAAAGAACGAGGGAUCUACUCGCCACCUCGAUGCUACGGUUCGCCAAAGUUCCGGUGAAGCUCUCCGAUGGAACUGUCAUUCCUAAGGGCAGCACGUUGAUGGUCAUGAAUGACUGGGCUCAUUCUUCGGAGCACUUUUUAAAUGCGGAGAAAUUCGAUAUGAAACGAUUCGCAAAGCUACGAGAGCGGCCAGGAGAACACAACCAACACCUUUUCAGCACACCUUCGGCUGAUCAGAUGGGUUGGGGUUUUGGCGAACAUGCGUGCCCGGGUCGCUUCUUUGCCUCGAAUGAGAUCAAGAUUGCCCUGUGCAUUUUGCUUUUGGAGUACGACUUCGAGUACGUCCCUGGCGACGAGCCACCCCAAGAUGUCAAGUUCGAGAUCGUUCGGCUUGCGAGUCCCAGUACAAGGAUACGUAUUCGAAAGCGGGAGGGCGAUUCAAUACCUGUCUAG